GAAAACGGGGAGUCUAUCAGGAGGCCCGUGAAAGGGACCCACUGUGCGUAGGGGCGAUUGAAACGUUCGCAUCGAGGACUUGCGAUAUCACCAGGGUAACAGAAUUCUUGGCAAAGAAGACAGUCAGAGGUCACCUCAAUCGGACAGAAAGGGAAUGAACAGUAGAGUGGAGAAGCACACACACACAAGCAAGAGCAUCAACAGAGACAGUCCGUGGAGUGUGAGCGCUGCGACAGUGUGAGUGGCAGCCAUGAGAAGUAAAACAACAUUUUGGGACUUUUGGGGGACUAAAACGGAGCAAGUGGAGAUUGUGAGACAAGCUGGUCAGCUGAAGCCUUUAACUACAGAACUGAAGAUGUUGCUAGGUAACCGUGAUCUGCGGGAACAGCUGCAGAAUAGCAAGAUGGUAUCUCUGCUGCCUCCUGUUGGGACAGAAGUCUUUCGGAAGUUUACCGCUGGCUCGCUGAAGGAGAUCCAACGACGUCGUGAAGUCAAAGAAAAGGAACGACAGAAAGGAAAAGAUGACAGCGUCCUGGUAGAGUUCGCGGUGAUAGAGGAGCAGCAGAAUCCAACAGCCGACUUGGAGAGCGGGAAGCCCCUCCCAUUCAUCUUUGGUGACCCAGCCCCUGAAUUUGUCAACACCCCACUGGAGGAUCUGGAUCCCUUCUACCAAUCAAAGAAGAGGUUUAUUGUUCUGGAUGGACAAAAGGUCAUCCACAGAUUUAAUGCCGAUCCUGCUUGCUAUCUGCUGAGUGCUUCCAACCUCAUGAGGACCACUGCUAUUAAGAUCCUCCUUCACUCCUUUUUCCAUGCUUUCAUCCUGCUAACAGUUUUGACCAAUUGUGUUUUCAUGACGAUGGCCGAGCCACCGGAGUGGAGCAAGUUUGCCAAGUCCACUUUUAUCGCCAUCUACGUCUUUGAGGUGCUCGUCAAAGUUGCGGCCCGAGGUUUCUGCGUCGGUCAGUUCACCUUCCUCAGUGAUCCGUGGAACUGGCUGGACUUGAUAAUCAUCAGCACGGCAUAUCUGACAGAAAUGGUACAGGCGGGAAUUGUUUCUGCUUUCCAAGUCCUUCCGGCUCUAAAGCUCAUCUCAGCCAUACCUGAUGUGAAGAAAGCACUGGGAGCACUGGGGCAAACUGUCAAGAAGAUGGCCCACGUCAUCGUCCUGAGCCUCGUGUGCCUCAGUGUCCUGGCCGCGCUCGCACUCCAUAACUUUAUGGGCCACUUGCAGCAAAAGUGUGUCAUGAUGCUACCGAGCAACUACUCAUCCGAAGUCUCUGAUUAUACACAGUACAUCAACAACCCUGGAAACUAUUAUUUUCUGCCCGGACAUAAUGAUGCUCUGCUGUGUGGAAACAGGUCUGGUGCUGGGAUGUGUCCAGAGGGGUAUAUGUGUUUGAGAGCGGGGCCCAACCCAAAUUACGGCUUCACGAACUACGAUUCCUUUGGUUGGGCUUUCCUGGCUCUCUUCAGAAUGAUGACUCAGGACUUCUGGGAGAACCUUUUGCAAUUGACGUUGCGCUCAGCCGGUCAAGCCUAUGCCAUCACCUUCUUGGUCGACAUUGUGCUGGGCUCUUUUUGCCUCUGCAGUCUCAUUGUGGCGGUGGUCGCCAGGGCGUUUGUGGAGCAGAAGCAGGCGGAGACGGCCGAGGCCAAGCGGAAGAGCAAAGAAUAUGCUCUUGUUUUGGAGGCGCUGAAGGAUCAAGAGAAGGUGGAUGGGAAUUCUUGCCUCACUGAGAAGCAGGAUUCAUCAGCAGCAGCGUGUGAGGAUGAGCAACGGCCACGCUCACCGUGCUGCCGCACUUUCGCCGACAUCUUCCUCAAGUGGACCUGUUGCAACCGUUGCCGGGCUCAGCAGCGACUCCGCCGUUUUGUCACCGAUCCCUUCUUCGAUCUCUUCAUUGUCCUGUGCAUCGUGCUCAACGUCAUUUUCAUGGCCAUGGAGCAUUUUCCAAUGAUGCAAGAGUUUGAGGAGCUGCUCUCCAUUGCUGGGCUGGUGUUCACGGCGAUUUUUGCAGUUGAGGUGGUCCUAAAAUUUCUGGCCAUGGGUCCCUACCUCUUCUUCCAGGUUGGGUGGAACGUUUUUGACACCAUCAUUGCUGCCGUUACCGUGCUCGAGUUGGGAUUGGCGGACAUUUCCGGGCUGAGCAUUUUGAGACUGUUCUGCGUGAUGAGAGUGUUUAGGUUGGCCAGGUGGUGGCCAACCUUCAACGCUUUGCUAAAGCUCAUCGGAAGUUCCUUGGGUGUUGUGAGGAACUUCACCCUGCUCCUGGCCAUCAUCACCUUCACAUUUUCGGUGAUCGGAAUGCAGCUCUUUGGACAGGACUACAAAGAAAAUGUCUGCCGCAUCUCAAAAGACUGCUUGCUUCCUCGCUGGCACAUGGUGGAUUUCUUCCACUCCUUCCUCGUCACCUUCCGAAUUCUUUGCGGAGAGUGGAUUGAGACAAUGUGGGAUUGCAUGGAGGUGGCGGGUCAGCCCGGAUGUCUUAUCUUCUAUCUAUUUGUGGUGGUCAUCGGAAAGCUGGCGGUUUUGAGUCUGUUCCUGGCCUUGUUGAUAAAAUCUCCCCAUGGAGCUCGUCGCACAGCUUCAGCGGUAGAAGGACAAAACAAUCUGCGGAUCGCCUUAAACCGGAUAAGAGGGGCUUUCAUCGGCAUAAAGUCCCAAGUCCUGGGUCAUACGGACAAGAAGACGGAAUUGAAGCCCCAAUCAGGAAUCAAUCUAUAUCCUCCUGUUUUAGGACUUAAAAGUGACAAGGUGGACCAGAAGGAGUUCUUGGCACUUACUUUUGUAAGUUCAGAAGAGUCAGAAUCAGAGGUCAAGGACCUUGGCUCUCAUCAAACCUCCAAAAGUGCUUCUCAAACAUCCGGAAAUCAAGACAAUGAUGAAGAAAAGGACUUGCAAAACGGCGACUCGUUAGUGGGCACGCACAAACGUGAUGACCAAGACACGCCUGCCAAGUGCUUCUGUGACCAGUGUUACCGGUGCUGUCCCAUCUUGAACAUGGACUCAUGUCCGUCUGGACUGCGAACCUGGUUAAAUUUGAGGCGUGCGUGUGUCGCCGUGGUUGAACACAAAUAUUUUGAGGCAUUCAUUACCUUUGUGAUCCUACUGAGCAGCGUAGCUCUGGCCGUUGAAGAUAUCCACCUGGAGAAGCGAUGGCUGCUAAAGACCAUUUUGGUGUACGCCGAUCAGGUGUUCACGUUUGUGUUCGUGCUGGAGAUGCUUCUGAGGUGGUUCGCCGGCGGAUUGAAAAAGUACUUUAGCAACCCCUGGUGCCGGCUGGACUUCCUCGUCGUGCUUAUAUCUCUGCUUUCCUCGACUGCUACCAUUUUGGGAAUUCCUCAGCUGGAGGCCAUCAAGUCACUGAGGACAGUGAGACCUCUGAGGCUCUUGUCUCGCUUUGAUGGCGCAAAGGUGGUGGUGACAACACUGUUCGCAGCCUUCCCGUUCAUCUUGGACGUGCUGCUGGCUUGUCUGACUUUGUGGUUGAUAUUCGGCAUCGUAGGAGUGAAUAUGUUUGCAGGAAAGUUUUUUUAUUGCAUCAACGCCACUUACCAAGACGUAUUUCACACCCAAGACAUCAACAACAAGACGGACUGUAUCUAUCUGAUCGAAGAAAACUUCACCGAAGUCAGAUGGAAGAAUUCCCCCAUCAAUUUUGACAACGUUGGGAUCGCUUACCUGUCACUCCUGCAAGUGGCGACUUUCAAAGGCUGGAUGGACAUAAUGUAUUCCGCAAUGGACUCCAAAUGGGUUGAUUCGCAGCCAGAGUACGAGGCAAACGCGUACAUGAUCAUCUAUUUUAUCAUUUUCAUCAUCUUCGGCUCCUUCUUCACUUUCAACUUCCUCAUCGGCGCCAUCUUCGAGCACCUCAAGCAGCACAAAGCCAAGUUGGGAGCCAUAGGUCUUUUCAUGACAGAAGAACAGAUGAAAUUAUACAAUUCCCUGAAGACUUUAAGCUGUAAGAAACCCCGAGUGACCAUUCCCCGACCACAAAAUAAGAUUCGGGGGUUGCUCUUUGACCUCGUGACCAAAGACGCCUUCGAUAUCUUCUUCAUGGUGUUCGCUUGCGUCCAAGUGGUCGUCAUGAUGGUGGAAACGUGGGACCAGAGCCCUGAAAAGGAUUUUAUUUUACAUUGGAUUCACUUUGCCAUCAUCCUCCUCUUCACCGCCGAGUUCGUGCUGAAGGUCACCGCCCUCGGACGACAUUACUUUGCGUUUGGAUGGAACAUCUUUGACUUUGUGCUGGUCAUCCUCUUCAUUUUGGGAUUGUUCCUGUCAGACCUGCUCGAAAAGUACUUCCUCUACUCACCCGCAGUCUUCAGUGUGAUCCGACUGACCCGCGUCUGCCGAAUCAUUCAUCUCUUCCGCGUAGCUAAGGGAGCGCGAAAACUGCUCAGGGUUUUGAUGAGGUCACUUCCUGCCCUUUUUAACAUCGGGCUCUUCCACUUUGUCAUCAUGUUCACGUUCUCCGUCUUUGGCAUGAAGUACUUUGCGUAUGUGAAGAAAGGAGGUAUGAUAGACGACGUGUUUAACUUCGAGACAUUCGGGAGCAGCAUUAUCUCUUUGUUUGCCAUCACGACGACCGCCGGGUGGGACGGUUUGCUCCAUAACACCAUGCAAAAGCCACCGGACUGCAAUCCGUACAAAGAAAACGCCGGAUCGCCUGUCAGGGGAGACUGCAGUAGCCCGGCGGUGGGCAUCGUCUUCUUCACGUCCUACGUUAUCUUGUCUGUCCUGGUGGCGGUCAUCAUGUACAUCGUCGUCAUUUUGGAAAACUUCAAUAUGGCCGCAGAGGGCAGCGCCGAUGAGCUCCGCGAAGCCGACUUUGAGAUGUUUUGUGAAACCUGGGAGAAGUUUGACCCAAAAGGAUCACGUUUUAUUCACUCCAGCCAGCUGUCAGAUUUCUGCGAUGAUCUGAAAGAACCGCUGAGGAUUGCCAAACCAAACACAAUCAAAGUGAUCAGCAUGGAUUUGCCUCUGGCUUCUGGGGACAAGAUCCAUUGCCUAGACCUCCUUGUGGCCCUCACUGCUCAGGUGCAGGGAAUUUCGGGUGAGAUGGACAAGCUAAAAGCUAGGAUGGAGAAAAGGCUCAAGGCCCGCAGCCCCUCAAAAGUCAUGGACUCCUAUGAACCGAUCAGCAGCACUCUGAAAAGAAAGCGGGAAGAUGUGGCGGCAACUGUCAUCCAGAGAGCAUACAGGAAACACGCCGGGCAGUCACCAGUCAAAGUGGGGGAGGCCGCUCGUCCCGGCGGCAUCCCGCAGGAUGGAGAUGAAGAGCAGUAGGUUCAGGUGCAGCCCGCUAGCGUACGCUGACAACCUGACGCGUUUCAUCAUCUGGUUACAGUCUUUCUUGAUGAAAAAUGCUAUCUUGAAGAAUUUCAUCCAAUGGUAUCAAGCUAACUAAUCGUUGUAAUCUUGCAUCCUGCUUUAUUAACCCGAAAA